UGUACACUGGAGUAGUACAAUUGUUACAGUUACUUUCUGGCCCAAGUAGCUGGAGUUGGCAGUCAUGUAUGCAUAAGGUAUCAAGAUGAGCUGGUAUGUGAGGAAGACUGACAGGCAGAGGUGGUCCAAAGAGAGGAUGGCCAAUGCUAUACAGGCUGUUUUAAAGGGUGAGUUGGGGUAUAGAAAAGCGUGUAAGGUCUGCAAUGUUCCUCAAAACCCUCGAGAGGAAGGUAAAACAAGCUAGGGAACAAAACAUAUCGUCAGAAAAAGCUGCUGAAAAAAAUCUUGGAAGAUACCAAACUGCAUUUUCUAAAGAUCAAGAAAACAAGCUAAUGCAACAUGUACUCACCCUGGAGCAAAGACUUUUUGGUCUCACACUAACUGAUUUAAGAAAACUAGCAUUUGAACUAGCUGAAGCAAACAAUGUUAAUCAUCCUUUUAAAUUAAGAAAAGCAGCCUGCAGGGAAAGAUUGGUUAUAUGCUUUUCUGCAAAGGCAUCCAAACCUUGAUCUACGUAAUCCAGAGCCCAUAUCUAUGGCAAGAGCCAAGGGAUUUAACCGAGAUGCAGUUGAUAAAUUCUUCGAUUUACUGGAGUCUGUAUUUAAGGAACACAAGUUCUCUCCAGAUCAGAUCUAUAAUGUCAAUGAGACAGGAAUCAUGACUGUGCCAAACAAGCCGUCUAAAGUACUUGCCCUUCGUGGUCAGAAGCAAGUCGAUGUGUUUUCUUCAGCUGACAGAGGUAUACUAGUAACUACUGAGACUUGCAUAAAUGCGGCAGGCAACUUCAUGCCUGUCAUGUUUGUUUUUCCUAGGAAGAGGGAGAACUCUUUGUUAAUGGAUGAUGCUCCUGGUUCUUUUGCUGUAUACCAUGAGAGUGGGUGGAUUAAUAAAGAUUCCUUUUUAAUAUGGUUCAAAAAGUUUGUCGAGUUCUCAAAUCCAAUGCGUGAAAAGCCUGUGCUGUUGAUUAUUGAUGGACACAACUCGCAUGUGAAGAGCCUAGAAAUGAUGAUUAACCUAGCACAAGAGAAACACGUCAUUUUACUUUGCUUUCCUCCCCGCACCACACACAGGUUGCAGCCAAUCGACGUGACAUUUAUGGACCCUCUGAGUGCCUUCUAUGAGCAAGAAGUCAGGAAGUGGCUAGUGAACCAUCCUGGCCAUGUUGUGACAAUAUAUCAAGUCGGAAAACUGUUCAAUGCUGCUUUCAGUAGAGCUGCUUGUGUAGAAACUGCAUUGAAAGGGUUUAAAAAAAGUCAGGAAUGUGCCCAUUUAACAGGAAUAUUUUCCCAGACCAUCUUUUUGCACCAUCUGAGACCACAGAGAGGCCUUUAGAAAUGUCACAUGAAACUCCUCUCCGUAUGGCAAUGUCCAGUUCAACUUCUGAUGUCAUAUCAUCUAUGGGCACUCGACCAGGACUAUCUACAACUUCACUAGUUUUUUCGCCAAAUGCUGGGCAUUCACCGUCUACACCUAGGCAUACAACGGUUUCUUUGCUAACAGCUGAUUCAACAUUGGUAUCCCCAACAAUGGCGAGGUCUUCAACUUCAAUUUCAGUUUCUUCCAAGUGUGUGCCUAGGCCUACGUCAACAACCACUGACACUGAACCAUCAACAUGUGGAUAUCAGUCUGUUCUGAAUUCCUCUUUCAAUGUUUCUCCUAAAAUGCUCAUGCCUACACCUCAAGAAUCUGAAUGAAAGAAGAAGAAGGCUGAUGAUGACAAAAGAAGAGGAAAAACAACUAUUGUAACUUCUUCGCCAUAUAAAAUUGAAUUAGAGGCUAAAAUCAAAGAGAGAGAAGAAAAGAAGAAUAAAGAAAGGAAGAUGUUAUUUGGUCCAGAAGACAAAUCACAAAAUGAAACAAAAGUAAGAACAACAGUAUCAAAGAAAAAAAAAUACUAAGCCCACAAUUAAUGAAAAAGCAAAACCUUCUAAAGGAAAGAAGAGAAAAUUAGAAGAAGAAAUAACGUCAUCAUCGGAUGAUGAUGAAAGUGAUGCUGCAUGUAUUUUCUGCAAUGAACUUUACAUACAUUCCAAAGGGAAGGAAGGGUGGCUCCAGUGUUCCGGAUGUAGUGGCUGGGCUCAUGAAGCGUGCUCAAAUGUAGGCGAAGAAGAUGAAACCUUUGUGUGUGACUUAUUGUGGACUUGGUAAUGCUUCAUAAAAACAUAUUCUACUUUUUUCUUUUUCAAAUGGGCCAUUCAAGGCC